AUGCACAAAUGCAUUCCCUCCGCGCUGAGGCCGGCUCUGGCUCAUGCCGUGCUGAAGCCCAAGCCCAAGCCACAUCCUUUACCGCCUAUCUAUUCUAGAACGAUCAAGACUACUCCUCGAUGGUCAGCGACGUCUCCCGAUCCGAAGAAAGACCAGACCCCUCCACAUGGAGAUCCUCCCUCUAAACCGCCGUCCAUUGAAGAUGCCCUAGCCGGAUUGGACCCAAAAGAUAAUACCCUUCUGGCACCUGUGCAUAUUCCUCAAGACGCAAAUGCCGUCCUGAAACCGGACCAUCCCGCCACCGAUAUCCUGUCCCAGUCGGGAAUUGUGGUACAGAGACAGAUAGAGAUUGCAAAUGUGCUAGUAGGGUUCGAGCAGGCAAACCGUUAUGUCCUCCUCGAUCCUCACGGUAACCACAUUGGCUUCAUGGCCGAACAUGAUGGAGGCAUUGGCAAGGGAGUGGCGAGACAACUGUUGACGACACACCGUGCCUUCACCACGCACGUAUUCGAUAGACAUGGUAAAGAGGUGUUGAGAUUCCAUCGGCCAUUCUCCUGGAUUAAGACACGCAUACGCGUGUAUGACCCGCUAGUGGUCUCUCCCAGCCUCCAGACAUCGUCCUCGACGGACCUGACUCCGUCAACCAGCACCGACCUUACAGCGAUGCAGCAACUUUCUUCCCUUCCACUCGAGGAGAUGCGUGUGGUUGGGGAAGUUGAGUCUCAAUGGGCUCCUCUACGACGAAAGUACAACUUGUUUCUCUCACAUUAUCCAGUUUUGAGCGAACCUGGUCCGGGAGGCAUGGCCUCGAAAAGUGUCGACGACUUGUCUAGUACACAGCGGUGGCUGUCCGCUCAACAACACGAGCCAGCUGGUGCCGUAGAGUUUACUCAAUUCGCAGCCAUCGAUGAGCCGUUCUUAUCAUGGGACUUCUCGUUGCUAGAUGAAGAUUCUCGUCUCAUCGGCUCCAUCAAUCGAAGUUUCCGUGGAUUUGCUCGGGAGAUUUUCACAGAUACCGGAAGUUAUGUUCUGCGCAUGGAUGCUGCCGGGUUGGAUGAAGAAGCAAAGCAACGUCAUACCAUUUCGCAAACUUCACAGACCGAACCUGCGUAUACAGAGGCCAUGGGGGGAAAUGGUGGAAAAUAUGGGUUGACACUGGAUCAAAGGGCAUUAAUGCUGGCGACCGCUGUCAACAUCGACUACGAUUAUUUUUCUCGCCAUUCCGGCGGACAUGGGUUUAUGUUUCCCUUUUGGGUAGGAGGCGGCGGCGAAGCGGCUGGAGCUGCCGGAGCUGGUGAAGCCGCCGGAGCUGCAGGGGCUGCCGGAGCUGGCGAUGCUGUUGGUGGAACCGUCAUAGGCGGAGCUGGUAGAGCGGUUGGCUCGGCCGCCGGAGGGGUGGGAGCGGGAGAGGGAGCCAUUGCUGGCGCUGGGACCAUGGCAGGGUAUGAAGCCAUGCAAAGAGGACUGGGCCGAAGCCCUCAGUCUACAGCGCCAGAAGCCGAAGGCAGCUCCCAUGAGCAACCCUACAGCGAGCCCUCUGACCCGAGCCCUACUACUCCAGGUGCCAGUCCUCACGAACAGCCCUACGGUGAACCUUACGAGCCUCAACUUCAUGACCCUGAAACUCCGCAAAGCGGCUUCGGCGGACAGAAUGAGAGCGGCGAUGUUUGGGGGCCCGGGAGCGAGGAUCCGUGGAGUGGUGGCGCCGGACCGGCAGAAUCUGGCGGAGGUGAGGGGAGCGGGCUCUUGCAGAAGGUAUGGGAUUCGUUCUUCGACUGA